CCGCGAGCCUUGCUAGCAGUUGCUCUUGAGCUCCAGCUGGCGCGCGCUCGGUUUACGGCGCCCGCCCGCGCGCUCCCUUUUCCCCUGCUCCCUCGCGCUCUCGGUGCCCUCGGGCAUGUCGACCCCCCGGAGAGAUUUCGACGUGAAGCAGAUCCUGCGCAUCCGCUGGCGGUGGUUCGGCCACGCGACCUCCCCGCCCCCCGGGCCCGAGUCACUGCACGAGCCCUUGCACGAGCUCUUCAGCGUCCGCUCGAGCUCCGGCGCCGGGACCUCCUCGCGCUGCGAGCUGCCUUCCCGCUCUCCGGUCACCUCUGCCUGCAGCGACACCGCCGCUGCCGCUACCGGCACCACGAGCAGCGAACGAAAGUUGCCCGAGUCCGGAGGCGGGCGCGUGACGGUGACAACGGUGGCUACGCGAGCCUCCGCGUGUCCCCGCUCCGCGAGCCAGCACGAGUGCGGCAGCGCCCCGCGCUCGUCCCCGGCGCACUCGCGCUCCGCGCUGGAUGUGAGUUUGAACGUGAACGAGAACCCUGAACUCGGCGGCGCGAGCGGCUCGGCGGACUGUAACCUUGGCGACGAGGAGAACAACAAUAACAACAACGCUGCUGCUGCUGCCGCUGUGGAGUCCGACUCGAGCUCGUGCAGGACGUCUAACAGCAGUGCGACGCUGUCCUCAUGCGUGUCGAUGGAGCCCUGCGUCCCCGAUGAGCUCUUCCAGUCACACAGCCACGCGGAACACACCUUCAGGCGAAUGGAGACCUACCUCAGGACCCGCAAGCUGUGUGACGUGGUCCUGCUGGCCGGAGACCGUCGUAUCCCUGCACACAGGUUGGUUUUGUCCUCUGUGUCGGACUACUUUGCGGCCAUGUUCACCAGUGACGUCCGGGAGGCCAAGCAGGAGGAGGUGAAAAUGGAGGGAGUUGACCCAGAUGCAUUAUGGGUCUUGGUGCAGUAUGCAUAUACGGGUCGGCUGGAGUUAAGAGAGGACACUAUAGAGAGUUUACUCUCGGCAGCGUGUUUGCUUCAGUUGUCUGCUGUAGUUCAGGCGUGUUGUACUUACCUCAUGAAGCAGCUGCACCCCUCCAACUGCCUCGGCAUCCGGUCCUUUGCUGAUGCCCAGGGCUGCCAGGACCUGCACAAAGUGGCACACAACUACACCAUGGAGCACUUCCUGGGUGUUAUGAAGAAUCAGGAGUUUCUGCUGCUCCCGUCAAGUGAGGUGGAGAAGCUUUUGGCAUCAGAUGACAUGAACGUCCCGGAUGAGGAGACGGUAGUAUCGGCUCUGCUCAGCUGGGUCCGCCACGAUCCUCCCGCCCGCCAGUCACAGCUGCCUGGGCUUCUGGCACAUGUUCGCCUUCCCCUGCUCAAACCACAGUUUUUGGCCGAUAUGGAAGGCAACCCACUCCUAAGGGACAGUGUGGAGUGUCAGCGGUUGGUCAUGGAAGCGAUGAAGUAUCACUUGUUGCCUGAGAGACGGCCGCUGCUGCAGAGCCCAAGGACGCGUCCCCGGAAGGCCACUGUGGGGGCUCUGUUUGCUGUGGGAGGCAUGGAUGCCACGAAAGGUGCCACCAGUAUUGAGCAGUACUGCCUGCGCAGAGAUUCAUGGCGGCAGGUGGCAGUGAUGAGCGGCCGGCGGCUGCAGUUUGGUGUGGCUGUCCUUGAUGAUCGACUGUACGUGGUUGGGGGACGGGACGGGCUGAAGACCCUCAACACAGUGGAGUGUUAUAACCCCCGGAGUAAAAGCUGGAGUGUCAUGCCUCCCAUGUCUACACACCGCCACGGACUAGGUGUCGCAGUAUUGGAAGGGCCAAUGUAUGCAGUAGGAGGUCAUGAUGGGUGGAGUUAUCUGAGCACAGUGGAGCGCUGGGACCCUCAGGCCAGGCAGUGGAGUUUUGUUGCAUCUAUGGCAACGCCCCGAAGCACUGUUGGAGUGGCAGUCUUGAACAGCAAGCUCUAUGCAGUAGGAGGCAGAGAUGGCAGUUCGUGUCUGAAGUCGGUUGAGUGUUUCGAUCCUCACACCAACAAAUGGAGCGCCUGCGCACCCAUGUCCAAGCGCAGAGGUGGCGUUGGCGUGGCAACCUGGAACGGCUUCCUGUAUGCCAUUGGCGGCCAUGACGCCCCUGCAUCCAGUCUUACAUCUCGACUCUCGGACUGUGUGGAAAGGUACGACCCUAAGACAGACAUGUGGACGGCAGUAGCUCCGAUGAGCGUCAGCAGGGAUGCUGUUGGGGUGUGUUUGCUAGGGGACCGCCUCUAUGCAGUAGGAGGGUACGAUGGGCAGGUGUACUUGAACACAGUGGAAGCCUACGAUCCUCAGACCAAUGAGUGGACGCAGGUGGCGCCACUGUGCUUAGGUCGAGCGGGAGCCUGCGUGGUUGCUGUGAAACUGUGAUGCUGUUGCCCCUGCCAACUGUCUCCAUGGUGAUCCUUUGUACAGUCCCUCACAACUCUCAACUCAUCCUGCACUCAUUGGCUGUGAAAUCAGGGAGAUGGAGCAACAGGACCUGGAGAAUGAGCAUGCACGCACACACACACACACACACACAUAUAUAUACUAGAAGCAUAGCAGAACAUUAAAAUGGCCUGAGUUUUGGGAUAAGCAUUAAUCAACCCACAAUCUGUCUGUCUGUCCUCAGUUCAGUCCAUGAGUUUUCUGUUUUUCAUCCACCAACCUAGAGCUGGGCAAUAUGACAAUAUUUUAUUGUAUUGUAAUACAUUUGUUAUUGUGAUAAAUAAUAUGCCACUCUUAAUAUAUUGUGGAUAUCAUCAGUGCCCAAAUUAAUAUUUAAUUACAGAAAUUCUGAUUAGUCCUGUUUAAUUGGAUGAAGUGCAGCACAUUUAAUUGAAUCUGCUGCUAUUAGAACAAUUUGUCUGUAAAAGUAUGAGUAUCUUUUUUUGUGAAAGUUUCUUUAAAUAUUGUUAUACAAUAUUUUUAUCAUAUUGCCCAGCCUUACACCAAUGUGUCCAGUCCUCUUGUCUAUCUGUCCAUCCACACAUUUCGAUUUCUUUCUUAACAUUUCUGCUCUCUUUUCUUCUCCUCUUCUCUGCUCUUCUGAUUAGUUUCUUUGUGAGCCAUGUGCUCUUCCUGCUUCUUUAUGCGUCUUUUUUCCAAUGUGUCUUGCUUGUCAGAGAGUGUGUAUGUGGUGUGGUGUGUGUGUGUGUUGUUUCUGCAGUGCUGUGGAAAUUGGGGAAUCGAUUCGAAGCCGAGCAAAUUAAAAGUUUGCCAGCGUGACACAGAAACACAGCCAAACAUUAUUUUUACAGAAAAUGAUCUGUCAUUCUGUGAAGAAUAGCAGUGAGUGCAGUGCAAUAUGGCCUUGGACUGUGUGUAUGUGUGUUUGUGUGCAGUAUUCAUUUUUCAUGUUUUCAUUUCAUUUUGUCAUUUUUUUAAUUCCAUAAAUGUGUCUUGGCUGUAGUUCAUCUGCUUGUCAGUGUAUCUUAGUCUGUCUGUCAGGUAGAGUGUGUGGAAAUCCCUGGACACCAGCAAGGUCAGAACAACAGGCGAGCCGCUGCGAGGGUUUAUGAGCUUAGAAUGAAAAUGAAAAGAGCACCUGGGAAGAGAACAGAUCCAAACUGAAGCUUUUUUUAAACAGGCUUUUUGUCUUACUCAAAAGCCUGUUGUGCCAUUACUGUGACUGGCCGUCACUAUUGAUUAUAUUAUCAUUUUGGGUAAUCUACCAGUUAUUAUGAUGCCUGAUUAAUCAGAGGUUUAAAAAGGGCAAAACAAACAAUGUCACUGAGAUUUUACUGAAUAGUAAGGUUGUGCGAUAAAUCUUUUUUUAAAUUAUUAUUAUUGUUAUUGCAAAACAAGUUUUUACAAUAAAUACAGAAAAAGCUAAUUGUAAAUGACAUCAAACUUAAAUAGAAUUAGAAAUAGAGGCAAGGAGCCGACUGGUCCAGCUGGCUAAAGCGCUGCCACUAUGAUAGGGAGAUCAAAGGUCAAAGCUCGGUCAAUUGGCCUUGCUCUCUCUGGGUGGGAAGAUGGCACUCCCCCCUGAUGCUACUACACAAAGAUAAUCUGUGUACAUGGGAAGCGUUAGGUUAAACAAGUUUGUGUAGCAUGAAUUCUAACUUCUAUACAUGCUGUUUUUUAGUUUUUAUGUGUUGUCUGUGUGUGUUGCUUCUUGCAUCAGCAGCGCUUAGAGACUCGAGGCAGGCCGAAUCAGUGGCUUGAUUGACAGAUUCUUAUCCCAAGAUGCAUUUGAGUUUUCCAGUUGGAAGAAAGAACAGAGCUAUCAGCUCCAGGCAAUUGGAAAAGAACCACAUUUGAGAAAACAGCUUUAAAGAAGUAUAAAUACUGUCGGAGAGGUAAAGGAGAUCUAAAAAGUGUUUUAUAUUGAUGUUGAGUUUAGAUGUUGAGUCUCAGUCAUAUAAGGAUCAGAAGUCACGUCAGGAGCCAAAGACACUUAGUGGUCAUGUAUUUUGUUCCUGAGCUAAUUCUAUGGACUCGGGACCCAUGGUCUCACAGGCUGUGGAGCUAUAUCCUUUGGACAUUUAAUUAACUGGUCACUAUUAUGAAAUCGAAGGCUUCUGGGGGUAUGCUAAUACACAAAGUUUAAAAAAUUCAAGUGACCUUCAGCUUUCAUCUCCAUGGUUGUUAACAGGGAAAUUUGCACAUUGCUAAUUCUAAAGACAUUCUUUGUUUACAUUUUUUAUGCUUUUUUUUUUUUGUUCUUUUCUAUUCUUUUCAAUUGUAAAAUGCUUUUCCACUAAACAUUUAGGGGAGUUCCACUUACAAGGUCUGAAAACUAGGUCCCAGCAAAUUAGCACAAGUACACAAGGUCCAACGAUCUGAUUGGUCCAAUGAUCUAACACUGAUUACUACGGUGCUGGUUCAAAUCCCAGUCAUGCAGCUUGCCAUCAGCUGCCAGAGCCCUGAGAGAGCGCGAUUGACCUUGCUCUCUCUGGGUGGGUAGAUGUCGCUCUUUUCCCUCAUUGCUCCUCUGUCUAGCUAAAUUAGGAGAAAAUGGGAGAAAGAAACACUUUUUUGUGGCCCUGUGGACUAAACUGGAGUUUACAAGGCUGGAGAAGACCGGAAAACAGUUUAAGAAUGUGUCCCAAUUGCGUAUUAUAUGCUGAUGCUGUAAGAUAUAUUCUAUAUACUAAUCUUAAUAGUGCCAGAAGUGAUAAAACAAUGCUAUGGCAACAUUUAGUGUAUCUCUGCAACUUCUUCAGCUGCCAUUGUUGCUGUAUUGGCAUUGUUAUAUGCCAUUUAUGUUUGAACAUUUUUUCAGAUGUGAGUAGCUCUUCCCUUUUCUGUUUUGCAUUGCAUUGUGCGAUGAAAAUAGGAGUGAUCAUUGUAACCACACUCGCAAACUGACUGGUUCUAAUUAUGUAUCUUGGUAUUAGUACAUAGCACAUAAUUGGGACACGUCCAUAAAAAAAACUAGAAAACGGACCUUUAGGAAUGUAAUGCUCGAGACAUGCAUCAUUCUUCAGCUGCAUUCUUUGCGUUGAAAGCACUUAGAACACAUUCAGACAUUGUGUAGCACUUUUUGUUCAGUAACACAGGUCACAUGUACACACACACAGACAUAAACACACACUCCUGCAUAUAUAAAAUCUGUAUAGUUUGUACAGGUCAGCAUUUAUUUGCACUAAGAAAUACAGUAACCUCUAAACGCAGCCAUAUUUCAUCUCAAGCUGAUGUAAACUAGGUUUCAGCUGCUCUUUAUCUCUUCACAUCCUUAAAAAAACGUAUGUACAAUAAUGCUACAAUAAUGACACUAAAACUACAGUAAAUAAAUAAAACUGUUCAGGACCAGUAGAGUAGAGCAUACAGACAACCAAGAACAGAAUAAUUACGUCAGGCCUGUAAUAUGUAAAAUGUACUGUAUAUCUGUUUGUACAGUGUGUGGGACUGCUUUUUUACAGUGUUGAAAUCAGUGCUUUGUUUUGUACAGUGUUGCAGGAUGUGCUACUUACAGAGCAGCAUUCCUGUUAUGUGGAGAAAUCUUACAGCUGGAUCUUGGUCUUAAGGAUGGUAAUAUUGUGAUACUUAUUAAUAUAGCAGGUGUAAAGGUAAAAGAGGGGUAAGGCAGAUAUGAUAUUUCAAAGGGCAACUUCUCUGUUAGUUUUCCACUUAAAGCUACAUACAUGGUUCAGUUCCGUUUUUUUUUCUCGUUUUCAGUUCAGUAUGAUAUGCAGAACAUCACCCAACUUCUGAACUGUAACUGUUGAGAUUUUCUCAGACAUGCUGGACAGGGAUUUUAGAAGCUUUCUUUUUUCUCAGAGCCAGCUGGAACAUUAAGCAUUGAUGUUUAUACAGUAAACAGGGUUACUCUGACCAGGUACAAUUUCUUCUGGAUCUAAACCCCCAUUGUUAUUGUGGAUGUACGUGUGAAAUGUUUUACAGAAAAUAGUGGUGACCAGCAACGGGUUUUCUGUUUUUUUCACAAUACUGUGUGAAGAAAUGUGUGUGGUAUUGGGUUUGUUGGGUGGAAGGGGGGAUUAAUGAAGGUGCCUGUAUUCUUUUGUAUUAUGAAUGACCUUCUAAAUAUGUUUCAUUUCUCUACAUUCCAUAAAGUAAUUCUGUAAUCUGUGUACUGA